GAUAUUUCCCAUAAAAAUUUCAUCUUGAGCCCACAUUCUUACUUGAAGUUUCGAUCCCUAAACGGAUAAACCACAGAAUUAAAAUGCCGCAGCGCUAAUGCGAGAUGACUACAUGUAUGCAUGCAAGUUGUGGAAAGCCAAGGCUCCUUGCAAGUAUGCUUAGGUUGACAAGGCCAUGCUUUGUUUACUUCACAAACAAAACAAUAGCAGGAACAACAAAAGCAUCCCUCUUUUUCCUAACCUCACAAAGGUUAUUUACAACAAUCAAACAAGAAGAACAAAAACUAAACCAUUUGCUCUCUCUGUUACUCCAGAACCCAACAAAAACCCACCAAACAACCCUACAAGUCCACUCAUUUCUACUAUCCACUGGCUUAUUAAACGAUUCAAUUCUGCUCUUCAACACCCUGCUUAGACUCUAUUCUUUUGGUGAUCAGCCCCACCUAGCUUUCUUGCUCUACAAACAGCUGCAAGAAGUUUACUUUCACUCUUCUUCAUUGCCUCCCCCUUCAUUUGAUAGCUUUACCUACUUUUUCCUCGUAAAUACUAGCACUAACUGUUCUUGUCCAAUUCUUGGAACUCAGUUUCAUAGUCGUAUAUUCAAAGUGGGUUUUCAAUAUCAUGUUUAUGUACAAACUGCUCUUUUAAACAUGUACCUAUCUAGUGGGGUUUUAGGUGAUGCUGUGAUUUUGUUUGAUGAAAUGCCCAAGAGAAAUGUGGUUACUUGGAAUGUGAUGAUUACUGGGCUGGUUAAAUGGGGUAAACUUGAAUUUGCUAGUUCUCUCUUUGAUGAGAUGCCUGAAAAGAAUGUUGUUUCAUGGACUGGAAUAAUUGAUGGGUAUAUCAGAAACAACAAGUAUAGUGAGGGUUUAUCUUUGUUUCGAAGAAUGGUUGUGUGUGAGGGUAUAAAGCCUACUGAAAUAACUAUUCUUGCAAUUUUACCGGCUAUUUCUAAUAUGGGGGAGUUAAAAUCUUGCAGCUUGAUCCAUGGUUAUGCAGAGAAAAGAGGAUUUAAUGCUUUUGAUAUACGUGUUGCUAAUUCAAUUAUAGAUUGUUAUUCGAAAUGUGGUUGCAUAGCGAGUGCCUUUAAUUUUUUUGAGGAUAUUUCGGUGGAGAGGAAGAAUUUGGUAUCAUGGACAUCCAUCAUUUCCGGGUUUGCAAUGCAUGGGAUGUGGAAGGAAGCGGUGGAAUGUUUUGAAAGGAUGGAGAAAGCAGGUUUGAAGCCAAAUAGAGUGACAUUCUUGAGUGUUUUGAAUGCUUGUAGCCAUGGCGGAUUGGUUGAUGAGGGGCUUAGGUGUUUUUACAAGAUGGUGAAUGAGCAUGGAGUUUUGCCAGAUAUUAAGCAUUAUGGGUGUGUAGUAGACAUGUUGGGGAGGACAGGGAGGCUAGAAGAAGCAGAGAAGAUGGCUUUAGAGAUUCCUAGUGAGAUUGUUAAUGCUGUGAUUUGGAGGACCCUGUUGGGUGCAUGUAGCUUUCAUGGUAAUGUUGAGAUGGGUGAGAGGGUUACAAGGAAGAUAAUGGAGAUGGAGAGAGGAUACGGAGGUGACUAUGUGCUUAUGUAUAACAUCUUUGCUGGUGCUGGACGGUAUGAGGAUGCUGAGAGGUUGAGAAAACUGAUGAACAAGCGAAAUGCCUUUAAACUUCCUGGCAAUAGUGUGGUGUGAAUGAUCGGAGAGCCAGGUGGCUCCAGAGUCUAGUGAGAAUGUCUGUUGGCUUACAUGUAUUGAUGCCAAGGAAACUGCUAACAGCUCACAAGUGUUUUAACAGGACAAACUGAGAUCUUUACAUAAAGUUUUUUUAACCUCUCUCGGAAGCCUAAUUCUUGCUGUUUGAUGCUUGUUCGGUGAAAUCUCAUUCAAAACCAUUCCAUAAAAUGGGGAUGACAUACAUGAACAAGCAGGAAACAGAUGCCUGAUCAUGAUGAGCGGUUUCAGGUAUGUCAGAAAUGAGAUCUUUCUUGAUUAAGGAUAAUGUGCAUGUGGAAGAACAUAAAUUAUAGGAAAGAAUCGGGAAGCAAGUCUUUCUCAUCAUGCUUAUUCGUACUUCGCAAGGGUCAGGAUUUGAGAGCUGUGGAACGUAACUGAAAUUAGAAGAGUGUUGAUAUAUUCAUUCCCGAGGUAAAAGUCACGUAAUAUUGACUUCCUACCACUGUAUCCAAACAGAUCUAAGUAUGGGAAAAUCAUUUCUGAGUUCUACUUUCAUUGGCCAGUACUGUACUAAUCAUGCUUCAAUCAAUUGCAUUUUGCAUGCAUGACAAUGAAUAACAUGGUUACUUGUUUGCCACCCAACAUUCCAUGUGUUCGAAAGAUUUUGU